CGGACAGCCAAAUGGAGGGGAAGAUGUCGGGGAAGAGUUUUCGCGUGAGCGACGGCGACUGGAUUUGCCCAGAUAAAAAGUGUGGGAAUGUGAACUUUGCUAGGAGAACAAACUGCAACAGAUGUGGCAGAGAAAAAACAACGGAAGCGAAGAUGAUGAAAGCAGGAGGAACUGAGAUAGGGAAGACCCUGGCGGAGAAAAGCCGGGGCCUUUUCAGUGCCAAUGACUGGCAGUGUAAAACUUGUGGAAAUGUGAACUGGGCCCGGAGGUCAGAGUGUAAUAUGUGCAACACCCCUAAGUACGCAAAGCUAGAAGAGAGGACAGGCUAUGGUGGUGGUUUCAAUGAAAGGGAGAAUGUGGAGUACAUUGAACGUGAAGAAUCUGAUGGUGAAUAUGAUGAGUUUGGCCGUAAGAAGAAAAAGUAUCGUGGGAAAACCGGCAGCCAGCCCGUUUUGAAGGAAAGCACUAAAGAUGAACCAGAGAAUGAUGAUGAUGAUGAUGACGACGAAGAGGAAGAGGGAGACCUUUCGAAAUACAAAUUAGAUGAUGAUGAUGAAGAAGAAGAAGAUGAUGCAGACUUAUCGAAGUAUGACCUGGAUGCCAGCGAUGAGGAUGCCAAACCUGCUGCGAAGAAAAGCAGUGGGUCGGGCUCAUCACGUUCCUCUUCCCGCUCCUCCAGCUCCAGCUCACGGUCCAGGUCCAGGUCCCGGUCCAGAAGCUCAUCCAGUUCCAGGUCGAGAACCCGUUCCAGCUCCCAAGACCGAGCUGGCUCGCGUCGGUCCAACUCCAGCUCAAGAUCUCGGAAGGGCUCGUCCUCCCCGAGAAAACGGUCUCGCUCCAGCUCCCCUUCGUCUUCGCCUGAACGAGGCCAGAAAAGGAGUCGCUCAAGGUCCUCGUCUGGCGAAAGGAAAAAAAGGCGUUCUAGAUCUCGAUCGUCUGAAAGGCAUGGAGGCUUUUCAUCUGGAUCCUCCCAUUCAGGAUCCCAAUCAUCAAGUUCAAAAAAGAAAUAAAUUUAAACUUUCCCUCCCUUAAAGAAAGUUUAACUCAGAUCUGCGUAGAUCUAAAUCACAGUGCAUGUUGUUUCCAAUUCAGAUAAGUUGUUGAUGCUGUUCAAAUCUGCCUAUCAAUGGCGGUAUUUGCUGAGGUGUUUUUGGGGGGCAGGGAGGGGGGGGGGAGGCGUUAAUCAUCAUUUUGGAAAAUAUGCUUAAUCUCCUGCUAUCUGUACGCUGUCCAGUUUUAAAACAAACUCCAACAGUUUAAGGAUCAUAUAGGAGGCACCAUAGUCUCGCUAGAUGAAAGUAGAUAGAAAUGCUUAAGGCCGGCUAUGAAUCUCUUGCAGUCCAAAUUAUAUAAGACUAAUGAUAUUUGGCUAAAUCGUACAGGAGUAAAUGUUAACUUAAUCUAAAAAAGAGGUUUGGCAAUCCCUAAACUAAGUCUGCUUUUACUGAUUUUUUUUUUUCCCCCUCUUUUUUUUCGUGGUAGGGUUGGAGUUGGGGGGGUGUCAGGGGGGGGGGGGGGAUGUACUGAUGAGACUUUCCCAGACCUGAUUAGCAUUAAUAUGGCAAUAUAACAUUUUACUUAACUGGGUGACUACCCAUGUUAUUGCUAAUGCAGGUUUGUAUGAGAAGGGAUCUGGUAUUUUUCAUGGGGCCUGACGGUCUUUGGUUGCUUUAUUUUUGAACCAAGGUAAGUAUGUUUUUUAACUACUUAUUACCCCUUUCACACCUGACAGUAACUCCUGCAGAAAGUUCAGUGACCAUUAAGCCAUGCAGUUUAGUGCAAAGACACUAACUUGUCCUUUUCCCGCAUCAUGUGGGCUUGUGUGUUAUUUUCUGUUCCUUAAUUUUGCAGCUUAACAGCACUCUGAACAUUUUUUGUCAUUGCCGUGUUAAAAAGCCCUGUCUCUGAGUAAGUCAUAGAAUAGAAAUAUUUUUACUGUGAAGACAAGAAUCCCUGCUCAUUCCUCUGCCCUUUUGUACAACUCCAUAAUUAGUCUAUGCUGAAUAAGGUAGUUUAAUGAUCCUUUUUUCUAUGAUACCCGUAAUAGAAUGUGGUUGAAAUGGUCUUUCGAUUCCUUUAAACUGCAAUGUAAACAACAUGUAAAUAAAAACCUGUCAACAAAUUCA